AGCCCGUGUCGUAACGGCCGUCCAUCUUAAUUGAUCGUUUCCAAAAACUUGUUUGAAAAGUACAGGUACAAACUAAGAAUGGUUUGAAACAUAUGCGAGAUGCCCAACAUAGCGAGGGAAGAAACACACUGACAGGAAAAUAAGAUGCACGACUUGACUGUGUUGGCACUUUGAAAGGCGGACCAAUAUCGCCACCAUGCAUGCCCCACAACAACAACAACAGAGGCGACGCAAGAAAAGGCCAGUUCCACACGGGCUGAAGACAGUGGAAAUUGGGCGUGGGAGAAGUGGCUAUGGGUUUACCAUAUCAGGACAGCACCCCUGUAUACUGAGCUGUGUGGUUGCAGGCAGUCCGGCAGAAAGGGCAGGGCUCAGGACAGGGGAUUUUGUAAUGUCUGUUAACAACCAGGAUGUCUCCCAGGCCAACCAUGAUGAUGUGGUGCGCCUCAUUGGGUCCUCAACAGGUGUCCUUGUAGUACAGAUAGUAGAGAACAACUACAGCUCUGCCUCCUCCGAUGAUGAAAACUACACAAAGAAACAGAAGGCCAAGUAUCCCCACAGAAACCGUCCCAGACACAGCAAUAAUGCAAACAGUGAUGGAAACAAAGCAAACCGUGCAGAGAAGGUGCUAGCUGAUCUGGAAUCUGGAGCUUUAUUCACAGAGCCUCUACCUGUCGUUGGAAAGCAGGGACACCAGCACCGCAGAGGGGUCACGCAUAAUGGACUUCCGCAGAAAAACAGAUCGCACAGUCCUGAUGUGGAGCGGGUCCUCCGAGCCAACCAGCGUGCACGGAGCCCUGAACUGGAUCGCUUUGCACGAGCCAAUCACCGUUCUCAUAGCCCAGACGUUGAAAGGUUUCUACGUGAGCGUUAUCGUUCCCACAGUCCAGAAGCUGAUAAGUAUUUGAAAUCUCGCCAGCGCUCUCACAGUCCAGAUGUGGAGAGGUAUCUCAGGGAACAGCAGAGAAACUAUGAACAAAGACAGGGAUAUCACCACCAGAGAUCAAAGACCAAUCACUUACCAGUGGGUAACGGUCACUUACAGGACAGACCUUUAAAUAACGGACUCCAGCAGGAAAGGAAGUCCAGGAGAGAUAUUAUAGAGCCAGGGCCUUUCUCUGGCAACAGAAAUAAUGUCCCAGUUCAGGUGCAUGCGGCCAUGUCUGCCCAGGCAGCAGGCCCCAGUGUGGAUCAGAGACCUAAAGUUAGGGGUAACCAGGCAGCAGCUAGUCAAGAACAGAGGCCUAGGGGCAGGGGUAACACAGCAGGUGCUUGUGCCAGUGGGGAACAGAGACCCAAGGUGAGGACUAACCCUGAAGGGGCCAAGUCUCCAAUAAGUCCUGCUGGCUAUCAGACUGUGUUCACUCCCCAGGAGCUGUCUAAUAUCCUCUAUCCUUCUCUCCAGCCUCAUCUGGACCCUCUCAACGGGUUAGAUGAUAACCUUCCCCAGGCUGCUGAGAAUAACAGAGACAAUGAGCUGAAUCUCAGAGUAGUUGUAGGAUAUGUGGGCUCCAUAGAAAUGCCAAGUGACUCAAAUAUGCCAAACUCCCGUCUGCAGUCGAUACGAAGUGCCAUCCGCAGAUUGCGCGUCGAGCAGAAGAUUCACACUCUGGUCCUGAUGGAGGUGUUCAGUGAUGGUGUGAAGCUGACCAAUAGUAUGGGAAUGACAGUGGCACAUUAUCCAGCUGAUAGGCUUGCCUUCAGUGGGGUCUGCCCAGAUGACAAGAGGUUCUUUGGCCUGGUGACCAUGCACAGUGCCAGUAGUGAUGAAAUCAGCAGUGAUAAUGGCAGCCAGGCGGAGGAAGAACAACACGGCAGCUCGUGCCACGUGUUUAUGGUAGACCCAGAGCUGAGGGCACAUAAUAUUCAUGCCAAGAAAGCCAAGGCAUUUGGAUUUCAGUGCACACAUGAUCCAGAGACGAACAAGUGUCUUGAAUUCCCUCGCUCUGCCACCCCCAUAUUACGAACUGUUGCUAAGCUUUAUAAGGACAGGGUGGGGGGACUGUAUGAGGCAGAGAUUGCUAGGGCGAACAUGUUUGCUGAUCCCAAUGUUGCUGCACACAGGAGUAAUAGUAAUAGCAGUAAUAGUGACAGUGGUCUAGGUUUCUGGCGUGAGGAUGGCUCUAAUGGAGACAUGGUCUAUGUAGUGGACAUGCCACACUAUAACCAUGAAUAUGGGCACCACCCCAGGUGGUUCUAUGACAGGCAAGCUGCAGGGUCCCCGCCUCCUCCAGGGCCUCAUGGUCAUCGGAGUGGUCAACCUGACCAUGGGCGUGCCUUGUCCCCACCCCCUCCACCUCCUCCUCAACAUCACCACCACCAUCGAAGUGGACCCUCUGAGCCUGGUCAUGCCUUCAGGAGAGUAGAGCAGAGAAAAUCGAGUGAUUCCACCUCUCCACAGUCUGCAGGCAGCACCCAAGUAUCCCCUUCAGGGGCUAACCCCCCAGUGUUGGACAGGCUGAACCUGAGGGCCAUGCCAGACCCUAAUGUACACAAACUCUCCCCGAGUAGAGAGUCUUUAGAUGCCAGGACAAGUGCAGAGAACCUUAGAAAGAGUAUGCACAAAUAUUUACAAACACGUCAGAAAAUUGUUGUAGAUACCAAUCAACAGACCAGCAGUGAUCAGGAAUCGCAUAAGAGCUCAGUCGAUCUGACCAGCAAAGAUGGCCAUGUCUCUGGGCCACCACAGCAGGAUGCUAAGUUCAACCUCAAGCAGCGCCCUCUAUCUUGCCCCAUAGAAAACACACCACUGAUGCCCCAUGUCCCCAGAGUCGGGGCAUUGAAAGUAGAAACAGUAGAUCUCGCUAACAAGCUCAGUCCCAGGGCUUGUAUCACUCCUGGACCUGACAUGUUCAAGGCAGCCAAUUUUCAUUCCAAUAGCACCAACAGCAUCAAUGAGAUCACCCCAACUAACACAACUGCCUCAUCUUCCACUGAGAAACAGAGUGACCUAGAUAUGCCGGAUGCGCUAGAUGUGCCAGAGGAGCGCAAUGAGAAAAAGCACAAAAAGAAGAAGAACUCGAAUGAUGGAGAGUUUAAGAUACCAAGUCAUCCAGUUAAACAGAACAAUAAUAAAAGUAAACAAAAAGAUGAAAACACAAGAGAGAGUCUUCCAUCAUCAUCAAGUAAUUCAAACCAGGCUGCAGUACAAAAAAUGGUAGCUAGGUUUGAAAAAGAAAAACCAAUACCUCCCAAAAAGCCAGACUUGACAAAAAGAAAUUUACCAGUUUCAGCUAACUCCAAAGCAGAUGCUGAGAUUUCACAAGAUUCUGAUAAAUUAAAGCAGACACAGGGUGACGGUGAUAAAUUAUCAAGAGGUGACGGCUAUUCCCAGAAAAAUCCCAAUAGAAUGUCUCAUGAUGGAGCAUCCCAGAGAGACCCUCAGCCUCCUCCAAAUGGGGCUAGCCGAGGGGGUGUCCAGGAGAACCAUAAAGAUCAAUCACAAAAGGCUGCUCAUCCACACCUGGAGGUCAGAAGAUUCUCAGAAGUGACCAUCCCUAAUUUUAAACAGCCAGAAGAUGAUCCUCAUUGGAGGAGAAGCAGCCAGGGAGCAUUUAAGAAGCAGUCGUCUGCACCAAAGAUGCCACAUAGCCAGUCACAUGAGUCUCUGGCUAUAUCAGACGCUGAGUUUCCUCUGUCAGGCAAGAUGGCGUCUGCCAGCAGUGUGACCAGUGUUGCAAGCGAUGCCAGUAUCCAUGUUGACGUGUGCCAGAGUGACCUGGGACGUGUGGCAGGGUGGGCAGUCAGCUUUGAGAAAUUACUGGCUGAUCCAGCUGGACAGGCUACUUUUACAGAAUUUUUGAAGAAAGAAUUUAGUGAAGAAAACAUGCUGUUUUGGAUCACCUGUGAGAAGUUUAAGAAAAUUUCCUCCCCUGCACAGAUGAAGGUCCGUGCUCAAGAAAUCUUCAGCUGCCACCUAGCCACAGGUGCUACAGAGCCGGUGAAUAUUGACAGCGUUGCAAGGAAAAGAGCAGCAGAGUGCCUAGAAAACCCUGUCCCAGACAUGUUUGACAUGUCACAGCAGCAGAUCUUCAGAUUAAUGAAGACUGAUAGUUAUGUUCGUUUCCUGAAGUCUGACAUGUACAAAGAAUGUGUGGUAGCUGAGAUGGAGGGACGGCACUUACCAUAUCAACCUGAAGACAGUGAUGAGGAUAAAAGAAAGCUAAGAAAGAAGGCGAGCACAGAUGGUGAAGAAGAUGGCAAAAGGAGGAAAUCUUUGCUACCAUGGAAAGGUAAAGGCAGUAAGAGACCCAGUGGAAAAGGUAGCACUGGUAGUACCAGUGACUCUGAGAGGAAAGGAACCAUGAAGAGUUCUCUGGCCUCGGCAGAUCUCAGCAUGAUGAGCAAGGAAAUUACAGGAUCACAAGAGUCCCUGAACAAGGAUGACACAAGCUCACAAGGAGAUAACAAAGAGAAUUACAAGUUGUGUCGAGUUAUCCUGCCAGAUGGAGCCACCACUGUGAUCUAUGCCAAGCCAGGCCAAACUGUCAAAGAUGCAGUAUUGUCACUGUGUGAGAAGAGAGGGUUGAUACUAGCUACUUUAGAUGUACUCAUAGUGGGCUCAGAAAAGGCUCUAGACCUACGCAAAGACAUCUCUAGUCUAGGCUCCAAGGAGAUCAAGCUGGAGUCUCGGGUGCUGUUCCGUCUUGAUAUGCCAAAUAACAAGUCUAUUGGUGUGAAAGCUAAGCCAACACGCACUGUGAAGGAGGUGUUCAAACCUAUACUGAAUAAAUAUGGCUAUAAGAUUGAGAACAUGGCCAUGUUUGUGGCAGGACUUGGUCAUCCUCUGGAUCCCAACAUGUUGGUGUCAGUGGUAGAGAACCAAAGAGUUAUAGUUCAGCCAGCUGAGGACUUUGCAGGGUCUAGAUCACAGAGAGAAUGGGGCGGAGGAUAUGAGUUACACAGGACAAGUAUAGGCAAGCCGCCAUUGCCCCGCCAGCGGCACAGCGUUCCUGCUCCACCGCUAGCAUCUAAGGAGGAUGCCUCUGGUAAUGCCUUCCAGGAGAUGAUAGAAGGAAAGGGGGACUGCUUGAAUGGCUUUGAUGAACUAGGGAUAUUAGACCUGGACAGAAAUGCCAAGACCGAUGACAGAUCUAGCAGUAACCGAUCCUCUGGAAUAUUUAGUCUUAUCAGAAGGAACUCUGUGGGAGACAAAAUCCAGAGCAAAAAGAGCAAAGAGAAAGUGGGAAUUCCCACAUCAUCCAGUGCUAACAGUGGCAUUGCAACUCAGCGGAACUCCAUGAUAAAGAAAGACGGUGCAAAUGGCACGGCUGUGAAGAAGAAGAGGUCAAACGCUGAAGAUGCCAGCUUCAAGCAGCUUGUCUCUGGUGUCAAGGCCAUGCAAACAUCGCGACUAGAUGACCAGAGAGGAUUACUGCUCUCCCAGCCUGAACUCCCAGACUUCUUAAAGAAACCUGCUCACUCUUCCUCCGACAAAGAAAAUUCACCUAAUGCAGGUAAUAGACACUCGGAAAUCUUUCCUCAGAGACAGGAAUCGGAACCCUCUUACAUAUAUGGAGGUGGACCUAGCAGUCAGGAUUCCAUUGACUCUCACUUGAUGAAAUCGACUUCUCAGCCGUCACUGGCCUCUGACCACAGUAGUAGAAGUGCUGGUAGCCGAGGCAGCAGCAGUAGCACUGGAGACAGGAGAUCUUUGAAGACUUUCCAUACGUUUGGUCACCUCUCCCCUGGUGAUUUCCCUGCCCAUCUGGACACAAGUUUCAGUGGGGAGGGAAUUUUACCCUCCCACUUAGAGGCAGAGGAGUACUUUGACCAGGCCUAUAGGUAUCCCUCUGAGCUCAAUGAGAGAGGCCUCAGUGACUAUGACUUAGAUUCUUCAGCUCACAGCAGUCUGUUUACAAACUCACAGAGUAGAGAUUCCUUUCCCUUUCAUGGAGACAGUCAGGAUUCUUUUCCCAUGGGUCACCCUGGAGGUGAUAGGUUCUCAUAUGGCUCUGACUGCAGAAGCUCUUCUAGUUCACGGGGGAGUGUGGGAAACUCGAAAAGAACUACAACCACACGUUCAUACUCUGAAGAUCCUGGAAAUUAUAAGCUGGCAGAUAACAGGUUUUCAAUGGAGGAUAAGAAUGUAGGAAAGACUAAGCCUCCUCCUCCUCCACCCAAACCCCAGCGCUCCCUGUCUCAACAGGAUUCUAGUCCACAGACUCCUAAAGCUUACUCUAGAGUUUUUGAGGAGAUUAGCUCACCUGUCACUCCUGGACUUAAUAGAACUGUGAUAGAGAACUAUACAGAAAUCACUGAAGCUGACUUGGAUGCUACUCUCAUAGCAGCCCAGCAGUCUCCUCGUCCCGACUCUGUUCCUCCUCCGCCACCCUCAGUAAUGGAUGGCAGUCUGACAGAGUUCCAGGAAGCAGAUUUCCCUCCUCCUCCCCCUGUGACUGGCAACACAGGCAAACCCUGGGAGAUCAGUAUCAUCCAACAUGACUCUGGUGGAGAGGAACAGUUCAGAUCUCCGUACUCCAGGCGCUUCCCACGAUCGCAGAGCUGUGAAGCACAGAAAGGGGGCAAGGAGACUCAUGUCCUGCAGAACACUAGGGGGCGCAGUUCUUCCUACCACCACCAUAGCAGCUUCUCAGAUGAAGGAGACAUUGGGACAGACACAGAGCCUGCUAACUGCAGUGCAGAGACAACCAGUAACACUAGUCGUCUGUCGCCACCAGCUUCCACACCAUCUCCCACGACCCAUGACCUCUUACCUCUAGACAGCCCUAGCCCCAAAGCCAGGACUAGGCUAGACUUCACCUCCAAUGCUUAUAACCCUAAUCCUGCUGCUGCUUCUCAUGCAAUCAAAUAUAAUCAUCAUUCGGCAUAUUCCGGACAGGGCAGACAGCCUUCCGUUCAGCCAGCGCCAAGUUAUCACAGCACCACUGGUGGCUCCACCUAUCCAGCAUUACAGAGAUCACCUGUAGGUGUCAGUGCUGUGCAGAACAGGCAACCAGCCCCAUAUGUUCCUCCUCCCAGCUACAGUAAAAGUAUGGCCCGCCCAGAACUGCGCACAGCAGCUGUUAGGAAGACUGGGGUCAGCUCUGGGCCGUAUGACCAGGGCCAGCAGAGAUCUGAUGUCAAAAUUACUUUUGUUUGAUUUGGAGAAAAUUUAUAUAUGGUGGACUCUGCAUAACUUGUCACCUUAACUCAGAUUAUUGUUUUGUCUUGAAAAGAUUUUGUGUAAUGAAAUAAUUUUUGAAAUUCAUUUUUAUUUUCGUAUUAGCUGAAGUGUCAUGUAACUUGAACAAACUUUUUUCUCUCAGAACAUAUCAGAGUUAUGCAGAGGCUACAAAAUUUAUCCUGCUACUGUCUUUCUAGCUGUAGAUGCUGUGUACUGGAAUAAAAUGCCAAUAUUUGACCCUUUUAUUAUGUUGUAAAUGGAGGCAGUUUUAACAAAGUUGUGUACACCUGUCAUUCAAUUUUUAUUGUUAAAAAUACUACCCAUGUAACUGUUGGGAUAUUUAUUUCAUUUACUAGGGGGUAAGAUAUAUGUAACUGUGUAUGUAUAUAUAUAUAUACUAGUAUAUAUCUUAGUGAUGUGUAAAUAUGUAAAAAAUGUACAUACUGUAUCUUCUAUAACUUCAUAUGCUAGUAUAGCUGGAAGAUGCCAAGGUGUGUAGAGUCUGAUGGUUUCUCUAAACGGUUCAGAGCUAGUCACAUUGAUGUUUAGUGUCAUAUUCCACAGAAACAGGGUACUACAUAUAUAUAUAUGCACCUCCAUAUCAAUUGCAUUGAAAUGUGUUUAUCAUUAAUUGUAUAUAAGAAUUAAGUAAGUCUCAGUAAUGUCUUCAGCAUAUUUAACACAAUAAUAUCAUCAGUUUUGAAUAUUUUUUAAAUGUUUAUUCCAUCUCUUCCCACGAAGGGCUACCAAAACGAUUGACUAAGGAAGUUUUAAGUGAGUUCAUAGUAAUAGUUUAGUUUGUAGAUAUUUUCAGAGUGCAUCUGACAGUCUGUAUGGAAUUUAACGCAAAGGUGAUUUUAACUCCUCCAGUUGGGGCUUUUACCAGUAUUCCUUCCCACUUAGAUCUCUAUUUCCCAAGCUUGAUCUCUUACCAAAUGUUUUAUUUUUUCCUUCUUUUUUUUUUCGACUGGAAGAACACAGAUGUUAAAACAUUGUGUUGAUACCUUGACAAUCUUUUAACAGUUUACACCAUUUUAGCAGUACCUGUAAAACAGACACCUGCGAUAUUUGUCACCAUGAUUGUAUCAUGUUUUGCUAUCACUCAUUUUAAUUUGGUCAUAGUAGAUUCAUAGUUGAGACUAAGUUGAAGUUGCAGAUCAAGCAAAGCUAAUCAGUUCCGACUUUGUGAAGUCUUCCUUGCCAACAGUUAUUUAUGUGGGAGAACUUUUUAAAAUCUUAAUGAUAAGAUAUGUGUUACUGCUGUAUAUUAUGAACUUCAAAAGAAUUUUUCCUCCUAGGCGCAAAAAAAGCAAUAAAAUUGCUGUCAUUAUAUUAAA